AUAGUCUGUUUCAUGUAAAAUAUAUUCUUCAGUACUGACUGUAUGAAUUCAUUAUGUUUAAUAGCUGACAACUUUGAUUAGUGUUUUCUUGGUAUAUAACGCAUAUAUUGAAGCUUUGAGGGAUUAUAAAAAGUAUGAGAUCAUUCGUUAGACUUGAAUGACGUUUUACUUUGUUGCAAUAGUAACAUAAAGUGACUGUUAGAAAUUACACAAUACACACAGUGAAUCCUAUAAUAAUAUAACAAAAAAUGGAUAUGGAUCAGGACGUAUUAACAGUGCUGAAGCUGUUAAUGAUAGGAGAAUCUAAUGUUGGAAAAUCGAGCAUUAUUCUCAGAUUCACGGAAGAUGAAUUCUAUGAAAACAUGCAGAGUACAGUGGGUAUGGACUACAAAACUAAGCAAAUUACAAUUGAUGGCAAUAUGGUAAAAUUAGCAAUUUGGGACACUGCUGGCCAAGAACGUUUUCGUACCCUAACACCUAGUUAUUAUAGAGAUGGUCAAGGUGCUAUAUUAGUAUAUGAUGUUACAGAUAGGGUAACAUUUGUGAAGUUAGAAACAUGGCUUAAUGAAUUGAAUACAUAUUGCAAUAAAACAGAUAUUGUUAAAAUGGUAGUAGGUAACAAAAUAGACUUACCGAAUAGAGAAGUAAGUACAGAGGAGGGCCUGCAAUUUGCAAGAAGACAUCAAACUCUGUAUAUUGAGAGUAGUGCCAAAACAGCAGAUGGAAUUAAAUGUUGUUUUGAAGAGCUUGUACAAAAGAUAAUACAAACACCAGGACUCUGGGACAGACAGCCUUUUCUUAAAGCAUAUGGUAAUGGAAGUAUGGGAGGAGUAAGACACAGAGGCCAGAGAGGAAUACAAUUGGCAAAUGAUUCUCAACCGCAUGAACCAUACUCAAACUGUUAUUGUAGUCUGGUUUAGCUGAUAUGAAAUUCAGAUGGUGAUAAUUGCAAGGAAGCCAUACCUCAAAUAUGGUCUAAACUCUACUUGAAAACUAGAUUCUUAAGUGUGAGAAUUUUUAUGACAGAUGUGUUUAAUAAUACAGCACACUAUUAUUUUGUGCAUGUUGUGAGAAGAAAUGUUUCGUACAUGUACUAAAGAUACAUAAAUAUGAGUUUGCUUGUAACUUCUAAUUCUUUGUUAAAUAGUUGAAUUUUAUAUAGGUAUUUGUAAUACCAAUUUAUAUUCGUGUAAAUAUAUUUAUGCAUAUCUACAAAAUUUAAUGAUUAAUAAAUAUUGAUAGAACUAUAAUAACAUCGCAAGCAAACAUAGUAUCUUUAACUCCUGCAAAACAGUUUUGAUUCAAUUUCAGAAUUAGACAUUUUUAUUCUUAGACUAUUAAUUCAUUUAAAUGAUUUGCACAAAUAAUGUAAUACAUAUUGCUACAUGUAGAUGUACUUAGAUGUAUCAUAAUGUAACAUCUAUACAUUUAUUUAAUCUUUUAUUUUUACGUAUAUUUAUAUGUUAAAAAAUUGCUUGGAUAAACACAAAGUAAUUUUAUCGAACAAAGUUAUUUUAAUGUAUCCAUUUGUAAAUAAAAUACUUUUCAGUAUUUAAAUUA